AGCAUUUGCAUUUUUAAAUCCUUCCCUUCUUCGACGCACCUUCUUGCUUUUUCCCUCGAGGACAUGGCCACCUGGAAACUUUUGCAGCCUCCAGCAACCUCUAGCUGUUUCUGACUUGGCAAAACUGUCCUGAGGUACCACCAGUUCCGCCCCUGACGACUUCUAAGGAUGCCUGCAGGCGCCUUUCGCUUCUUUCCUGACCCAUCCCUUGUCCUUGGGAAUCUCAAGUUGUGCUCAUAAAAUUCCCCGCUUCUUUUGACAUCCCUCGCUUGCCAACUCGUUGUUGCCAAAAGCUCUGAAAAGCCAGGAGCCCCAAGGAUCAUCCUGUGGAAGCUGGGAAGUUGGCAGAAAACAGCCUCAAUACAGAGGCCUUGCUGGGCAGGUUCCAGUGAGCCUUACUUCGGAAAUAGGGUUGGGGGCUCUGGUGGGUAUCAAAGAAAUGGGAAGCACAGCCAUGGACACGAAGAAGAAAGAUGCCCCUUCCAGCAGCAAGAAAAGCUCCAGCCAGAAGAAGCGUGUGUUGCGAGUUCACAUCCCAGAUCUCAGCUCCUUUGCUAUGCCAUUCCUGGAUGGAGAUGUGGACACUACAGAGAAACAUCCUUCAAGGAAGGCAGAAGAAAGCUACUGCGCUGGCAGUCCAUCCAAAGGACUUUUCUCAAAGGGUCUUCAGAACCGGCCUUCCAGCCCAGCCUCUGCCCCUGUCAAGUCAAAACACAGUCCGGGUUCACCCAAAACAGUGUUCCCUUUCCCGUAUCAGGAGUCGCCGCCUCGCUCCCCUCGCCGCAUGAGCUUCAGUGGCAUCUUCAGGUCCUCCUCCAAAGACUCUUCCUCUCCAGGCUCUAACCCAUCUACCUCCCCCGGGGGGAUCAAGUUCUUCUCCAGAUCAAGAAAAACCUCUGGCCUGUCCUCUUCUCCGUCAACCCCGACACAAGUGACCAAGCAGCCGGCAUUUCCGAUCGAAUCCUACAAACAUGAACCGGAGAGGCUAGAGGCACGGAUCCACACGUCCUCCCCGCCACCGGAUACAGGACAGAGGUUCGGCCUGCCUCCAGGGCAACCCGUGGCCCAGCCCCCCACGCCCGCCCCCAGCCUCUGCACUACCUCAAAAACAGCAGCUCCUCCUCAGCCCCCGGCCGCUUCCGAAGGGAUGCUGGAAAAACUGGAGCUCGAGGAUGAAGCUGUUGGUGAAUCAGAAAGUGACAUCUACAUGCGAUUCAUGAGGUCACAUAAAUGUUAUGAUAUUGUUCCAACAAGCUCAAAGCUUGUAGUUUUUGACACUACACUACAGGUAAAGAAGGCUUUCUUUGCCUUGGUGGCAAAUGGUGUCCGAGCAGCUCCACUGUGGGAGAGUAAAAAACAAAGCUUUGUAGGAAUGUUAACUAUUACAGAUUUCAUUAAUAUAUUGCAUAGAUACUAUAAGUCUCCAAUGGUACAAAUCUAUGAAUUGGAGGAACACAAAAUUGAAACCUGGAGGGAACUUUAUUUACAAGAAACCUUUAAGCCUUUAGUGAAUAUUUCGCCAGAUGCAAGCCUUUUUGAUGCUGUAUAUUCAUUGAUCAAAAACAAAAUACACAGAUUGCCAGUUAUUGACCCUGUGAGUGGAAAUGCACUUUAUAUACUUACCCAUAAAAGAAUACUCAAGUUUCUCCAGCUUUUUGUGUCAGAAAUGCCAAAGCCUGCCUUUAUGAAGAAAAAUCUGGAUGAGCUUGGGAUAGGAACAUACCAUAAUAUCGCCUUUAUUCAUCCAGACACUCCUAUCAUUAAAGCCUUGAAUAUAUUUGUAGAUAGAAGGAUAUCGGCACUACCUGUUGUGGAUGAGUCAGGAAAAGUUGUAGAUAUUUAUUCCAAAUUUGAUGUAAUAAAUCUUGCUGCUGAAAAAACUUAUAAUAAUUUAGAUAUCACAGUGACACAAGCUCUCCAACACCGCUCUCAGUAUUUUGAAGGUGUAGUGAAAUGCAGUAAGCUGGAAACGCUGGAGACCAUUGUGGAUCGGAUAGUUAAAGCCGAGGUUCAUAGGUUGGUGGUGGUGAAUGAAGCAGAUAGUAUUGUUGGUAUCAUCUCCCUCUCUGACAUCCUACAAGCAUUAGUACUCACACCAGCAGGUGCCAAACAAAAGGAAGGUGAAACUGAUUGAUUGCUAUGAAUGUAAAGGCCUCUGUAGAAGAACUUGAGUGAAGUUACUGGGUCAUCUUUGCCUCAAGAAGACUGAUGACAAUAGGGAAGAACAAAAUGGUGAUGAGAAUGUAUGUGUAUUGGACUGAGUGAUGGGUAGCUAGUCUAUUAUUACCCAGUGACUGUCGCGCAAAAAACAGCAGCAUGACAAAAAGCUUAUGUAUUCAAUAUAGGCUUGCAUUUCAAAAUGUUUGCCGAAAGACGUCACAUGAUAUCCAUCUAUUGCUGCACUGUAUCCUGAAACAAUACCAUUUUUUGUAUUUGAUAGCAGUCACUGGUCAGUAACAGAUCUCUGACAUAAGGCAAGAGUAUGGCAUAUUCAUAUCAUAGUGCCUUAUGUCAAAAAGCCAACAAUAUGUCAUCACUGUUGCCCAUCACAAUAAGGGGAAGUAUUGUGAGAAACAAGACACUGUAUUUGAAUAUUCAAGUCACUAAACCUAAAACCAAAUCAGUUUCAGAUAUCAUUAGAUUUGUCAUAAAAAGCUGUAAUUUGAAUAUCAGUAGAUUACUUUAAAACUUUAAUGACAUUUUUGUGUGGUUUAUAAAUGUUGCAUUCUGAACACAGAUGGUAAAACAAGUCUGAUUUAAAACCAGCUUUAUUUAUUUUUAUUUUCUGCAAUUUUUUUACACAUCUUUGGUGGAUAGCUAAAACUUCACCAUGUUCAUUAAUAAAAUAUUGAUUGUUAUAUAAGAA